GAAUCGUCCAGGGUAACGUCAUCGGGAUUCACACUUGAUGUGUUAAAAUCGGCGAGAAAUCCGGGAUUUUAUGAUCCUUGGUCUCGUAAUGAUGACAUAACUUUUCAUUAUCAAGAGUAUUUUGGUUUGUUUAGAGCCAAACUUGAUUGGACCCUUUUACGUGGUUUUGAAGUUGUCAAUAGAUGGAUUGGUAAUCAUGAUUAUAAAGCAAGUGAUCACAAAUAUUUAAUGGUAGAAAUCAAGUUUGAUGAUUUACAAAGUAUGUUGAAUGGUAAAGAUAAAGAGAUUUGGAAAAAAAGAAGAAUUUAUUGGGAUAAAAUGACCGGGGACCACAAUGGAUUUGGAAGAAUCGUAAAGUUGAUGAGCUUUGUUGGAAUUAUUUCUAUUGGAGUUUUGACUAUGAGAUUGAUGAAAAAAUGA